AUGUCUGUCCCCGUUCCCAUCAUCGUUUGCGGCGCCAAGCAGCAAUUGGCCACCAUGGUGAGGUCGAACAUGCUGCCCGAAUUCAACGUCAUUUACGCUGGCUUCGACCUCGCCGCAUCCGCCAAGGAGGUCCCUCAAAUCCUAUCCGGGUCUCCGCCGCCCUCGGCCUCGCUCCACACCCAGGUCGGCUCGAACGAUUUCCAGCUUGCCCCGCGCGCCGUCGUCACCGGCGGCGGCUACAGCGAUGAAGCCUUCCAGACGCUCUUCCAGGCAUGUGUUGGCGCUUGCGGGUCCGAGAGUGCCCUUCCUGUCCCGUUCUUUAGAGUGGACAACGCCAUCACCAGCCGGCUGAAGAACGAUUACCACAACCACGACACCCACCACCGUUACUUCCCCUCCGCAUCCCUCUCCAGCGUCCCCAGCGUCCCCGGCAUCUCCGCCACCAUCCCCGCAUCCAUCUCAUGCACCACAGCCGCCGCCGGUGGCAUCUCCCCCGGCAACUCCUGCACCCCCACCCCAUCCUCCCGCACCGGCACCUUCUUAUCGCCAUCCUCCCCCGUCCGCCCCGGCGCCCCCAGCUCCACCGCCCCACUACCCCCCUCCAACUCCGCAACGCCUCCCCCGCCGCCACCGAAUCCGGCACGCUGCCGCCGCCGUCGCCGCCACCACCACGCAGCCGCUGCCAUUGCCGCCGCGAGGACGCCUAGCACUAUGCCUGCGAUGGCGCCGGCGCUCAAUGACGACGAUGACGACGACGAAGUGGUGCUCGUGUUGGGAAGGAUGGGGACGAUGGACGGCGUUGCGUUGUCGCUCCAUGUGCGCUGCGAGAGGGAGAAGGUGCGAGAGGUCCAGUCGGUGAUGAGGUAG